AUGCCAGAAAGUCCUAAAUUUCUCAUGUCUGUUGGGCAAAAUAAAGAGGCAUUGCAAAUUUUUAAGAGGGUCUACAGGAUAAACACUGGAAAAUCGGAAGCAACAUUUCCGAUUAAAGAGUUAGUAGAUGAAAUUAAACUCCACCAAAAUGAGGAUCAUAUCCACGGAGGUCUAGUGACGGCCAACAGAACCAAAACCCAAGCAUUACGGGAAGGUUGGCAACAGUUGAAACCACUGUUUUUUCCGCCACUGUUACCAAAACUGAUCUUGGUGUGUUUUAUACAGUUUCUUCUCAUGAUGACGGUAAAUACCAUUAAAAUUUGGUUGCCGCAACUUUUUCAAGCCAUAAACGAUUUCCAGUUUAAAUAUGAAAACAAAUCGUCCAGUUUGUGUGAAAUGAUCGAAAUGCUGUCACCGAAACACGCGUCAAUUCCUUGUACAGUGAAUUUUAAAAACUCUUCAGUCUACAUAAACUCCAUGAUUGUGUCCUUGGUAACCAUAGGGGGUUACCUACUGGCGGCUGUGGUUAUCAACAAAGUGGGACGAAAGAAAAUUUUGCAUGUCGCCUUUUUGAUAUCCGGGUCCUGUGCUAUAGCAAUGUAUUUCUCCAGCAAGAAUGUAGUUAUUUUGGUGUUAUCCUGUAUUUUUGCUUCUAUUGGUAGUAUUUGUUCCAAUGUUAUGCAAACAAUAACCAUAGAUUUGUUUCCCACUACCUUAAGAUCCAUGACUUUAUCAAUACUAAUGAUGGCAGGGAGAUCUGGUAUACUAAUAGGAAAUCUACUUUUUCCUCUACUUUUGAGCAUGGGAUGUGGUUUUGUGUUUUUUUCAUCAGGAGGACUUUUAUUGGGUUGUGCAGUUUUGUCCAUAGUUCUUCCCAAUACAGAAAGAAAAUCACUGCAAUAA